AGAUAAAAGGUUUACUGCUCUCGAUAUCAUCUCAAGCUACAAUUCAAAAGUUGAUCCUGAAUCUAAAAUAGAGACAGCUUCAGACGAUACAGGCACAUAUUAUCGUAAAGUUACAAGAGAGUAUCAGAUACUACUUUUCGGCUGGGGAUUGAUAAGUGAUUAUAGAUAUAAUUUCAGAGCACCAUAUUAUGCGAAAUCCCAUCAUUGCCCACAUGUGUUUUAUGUCCAGAUUGAUAACUUUCGUCCUAUAGAGAAUUUUGAACCACUUUAUGAAAUCUAUCCAUCUUCUCUCUUUACUCGCGAUCGAGCAUUAGUUCUAACAUGA